AUGAAGGAAGAUCAUCACCCUGGAGAAGAUGGGAACAACGAGAUAUUUGUUGAACCUUUAGAUUCUGACUUCUUAACUAGACCUAAUAACAAUAUGACUAAUCAUAAUUCAAAUACUACAGCUACUACUAUCGUGGGAAAUGGGAUUAGUAGAACCUCUAGUAAUAAUAAUGAUAGUAGUAGUAAUAACGAUAAUAGUAGUAAUAAGAAAACUAGGAAGUUUGCAUGUGUAGAAUGCAGGCAACAAAAAUCUAAAUGUGAUGCCCAUGACAGAUCUCCUUUACCAUGUACUAAAUGUGCUAAGAAAAAUGUGCCCUGUGUCCUCAAGAAAGAUUUCAGAAGAACUUAUAAGAGAGCUAAGAAUGAAGCCAUAGAGAAAAGAUUUAAAGAACUAGCAAGUAAUUUAUCAAAUAUGUCGUCUGAUGAAAUCUUAAAGAGAAUAGAAAAAGAACAAAUGGCGUUAUUGGAUAACAGUAAUUUCACAAAGGAAAAGGUUCAUCAUAAGAAGGGUAAACUUGAAACAAUAACAACAACAACUAACACCAAUUCUUAUAAAUCACAAUCGCCAGAUGGUAUUGGGAAAAUAAAUAAUGGUAGUUCCCGUAUGAGUACAACCCUUUCACCACUCUCCAAUGUCUCUUAUUCGGGUUCCGAUAAUCAUAAUAAUAAUAAUAAUAAUAAUAAUAUUAAUAAUAAUAAUAAUAAUAUUAAUAAUAAUAAUAAUAAUAACCGUCAGAACAAUGCCACCAAUAGUGGAUACAUCACAUGCGAGACAUUUACUAAAGGGAUGACUCCACAAGAAUUACAUUGUGCCCCAAAGUCACUAGGUGAUAUAUAUAUGUCAUCUGAAGAUAUAGCACAGUUAUUUCAAGAAUUUGCAACGAAAUAUCAUCAAUUUUUACCUGUAGUUAAUCUCAAAAAAGGUCCAGAGAGGAUAUAUUCUCUAUCACCUUGCCUAUUUUGGGUCAUUAUUUUGAUUGGUUUAAGACGUAAACAAUAUUCGAAUGAUUUGGCUAAGAGAUUAACGGUGUUAGUAAAAGCAACUUUGGCUGAAAUUACAAUAUCGCCGAUCAUUAGAUACACACCUUCAGAGACUGAUGAGCCUAUUCUUAACGUUGCAUCUGUGUACUCGGUACAAGCUUUCCUAUUGUACACUUUUUGGCCUCCAUUAACUUCUUCAUUAAGUGCUGAUACUUCGUGGAAUACAAUUGGUACCGCAUUAUUCCAAGCCAUCAGAGUUGGCUUAAACACAGCAGAUUUCUCACGAGAAUUUGCUACUGAGAAUUCGGAAUUAAUUCAAGAACAAAAGCGUACUUGGAUCUGUUGUAAUAUUGUCUCUCAAUUUAUUGCAUCUUCAUUUGGUUUCCCGGCAUAUGUGACUUUUGAUCAUUUAGUAAUUAGUUCAUUUAAACAACACCAAGACCAACCUGAACCCCUAUCACAUUUAAACGAUGGUUCGCCAUCGUCAGCUACUCAAACGUUAAACCAAUCAGACGAAUUGAAACAGAUGACACAAAUUGCAUAUUUUGAACAUCAAAUGGUAAAUACAAUGAAUUCAAACCCAUCAAAUAAACUUGGUAUGGUCGAUAAUAUGGAAAAGUUACCUUUAUUAAAUGUCUUGAACCAGCAAUUGUCUGAAUUAGCUAUUAACUUGGAAGAAAAAAAUUAUAUGGAUAAUGUAAGAAAAUUUUUAUUGUUAGUAACAAAAGUCCAUUUAUUGACGUAUCAUUUUAUUGACUCUGAUUCUAAUUCCGGAUCACAAGGAGUUAGUUUUGAAACUAAAUGUGGUUUAGUGAAAUUAUACAAUGCUGCAAUUAAUUUAUUAACUCACACAUAUCAAAUUUAUGAAUCUGACUCCACAUUAGUGAAAUAUUUCCCAGGUGUGUUUAUUCUUAACAUUUGGCAAUCUGCAUGCAUUAUUGGUAAAUUGGUUAACUCUUCAUUAUCAGAAAAUAUUGAUGUUGAAAGAGGUAAAGUCGCUUACCAGAAUGCCAUAAUGUUGACCUAUAAGGCGUCAGUAUUAAAACAUGAUAUGUCUUAUAGAUCAUCUGGUAUUAUGAGAAGUAUAUGGAGUCUUUUCAGUAACAUGUAUCAAGAGUGGAAGAACGAUCAAUCAGAAAGUAGGUCUUCGGAAUUCAACUUGGAUAUAACUGUGAAGUCAAGAAUGUGUGUGAGUGUUUUUUUCGAUUGUUUAUAUAUUUUGAAAGAAAAAUGUGGGAUGGCAAAAUUGGCUAGAGAAAAGAAUCAGUUAGAGAAUGAAAUCGCUGAAGGUAAUAAUGAAUCUAAUGGGUCUGCAGAGGACGAUGAAGAUGAAGAUACUGAAAAUGGUACUGAAAAUGAUGGUGUUAAAAAUAUAGCAAAUCCUGAAAGACGUGCUAGAAGAAUUAUCGAGACUAUCCCAUUAGAUCCAAAUCCAAUUAAUGCCGCUACAAUUAAAUCCAACAGGGAUGAUCUGUCCUCGACGGCAACAUCGCCAGUACUAUCUGCAGGACAGAAGAACAGGCAUGGUACCCAAUCAUUUUUGGGGCGUUCAUCGACUCCUUCAUUAUCGGGUACACCUGGUAGGUCUUUGAACGAAUUCUCUGCCUCGAAUUUGAUUAAUGGAAAUAAUGUUAAUCUUACGUCAAACCUGGGCAUUAAUGGUGUCCCUGGACAGAUAUCUGCUCAACAGCAAUUAAAUGAUGACAGGAAUAAUCUAGAUCCUACAAAUAUAUUACAAAACACUUUAACUGACUCAAACAUCAAGUUAUCCUACGGAAACAAUGAAGAUACAAGUAAUAAUAUUGUCGAUACGGCGUUAGGAGUAAAUACUGGGCACGCUACAGAUACCAGCAGCAAUGGCAAUAAAGAAUCACCAAACUCCAUAAUGGCUAACUGGGAUAACUGGCAGUCUGAUAUGGUUUGGAAGGAUGUCGAUAUCUUAAUGAACGAAUUUGCCUUCAACCCAACUUAG